AUGACUUCGCAAUUGCCCGUCAGCACCAGGUCUCUUGUUCUGUACAAGUCGUCGGUCGCUGCACCCCCGGGGAAAGUCUAUCACGAUGCUAAACUUGAGCAUCGGCGGCUACAACCACUGAAGUCGAAUGAGAUCCUAGUCAAAGUGGGCGCUGCAGCAUUCAAUCACAGAGAUCUAUGGAUUCGGAAAGGAAUGUAUCCAGGCAUUCAAUUCGGCACAGUCCUCGGCGCAGAUGCAGCAGGUACCGCGAUAGCCUCCGGCCAGGCUGAUGAUCCCCUGCUCAACCAGAGAGUGCUUUUGGUUCCCAUGCGAGGCUGGCAAAGUGAUCCAGACGCACCAGAAGACCCUCGUGGUAUGGCUCUACUUGGAGGAGGAAGGUUCUCGCCCUUCGGGACUUUCACUGAAUACCUCGUGGUCGAACGUGAUCAAGUCAUCGAAAGCCCGAGCCACCUUGACGAUGUGCAUAUGGCUGCAUGGCCGUUAGCUGGUGACAAUUACUACAGAGCUACCAUGGUCAAUGCGAGGGUCGAAGCAGACCACAACAUUCUGAUCACUGGCAUUGGCGGCGGUGUCGCCAUCACAGCGCUCCAGCUUUGCGUCGCCAAAGGUGCGAAUGUAUAUGUGACGAGCGGAGACGAAGAGAAGAUCGCCAAGGCCGUCAAGCUAGGAGCAAAGGGAGGAGUGAACUACAAGAAGUGGUCCCAGGCUCUCGGAGAAGUGCUCAAGGAGAAUGGAGUAAAAGCAUUGGAUGCCGUGAUUGACUCUGGAGGAGGAAACAUCAUUCGGCAGACAAGCAAGCAUUUGAAACUCGGUGGACGAAUCGUCAUCUACGGAUCAACGAUGGGUUCCGUGAAGGACCUUCAGGACGCUACACGCUUCCUUCCGGAGAAGCGAAUUACUCCAAUCGUCUCACAUGUUAUAGAUGGAUUGCAGAACGCCGAACAGGGUUUCGAGCUGAUGAAGCGUGGGGGUCAGUUCGGGAAGAUUGUCAUCAAUAUGGGGGAGACACAGACAGAGACCGCGAAGCUCUGA